CUUUUAAAAAACACUUGUAAACGCUUGCUUCUGUCUGCCCGCUCUCUCUGUCUACUUCUCUGUCUCUCUUCGAUCCACGCCCAUGGAGUCCGUACAGAUGGAGGAGCUCACCUCAGGUGCGAGCGGUCGUAUUAUACCGGUUUUCAGGAACCUUCGACGGUCAGUGCUCUCGUGGCAGUCGAUUCGUCGGUCGCUCAUUUUCAUCCAUUCGAUCUUCCUCUGGUUGAUACUCCUCUUGCCACGCCACCGCCUUUCCUCGUCUGCGCAGUCGCCCCCAGCGCCGGUGAAAUCCUGUAGGAGGAGAUCGGUGUUCCGGCGUGAUGAGGAGGAUACUCUCAAGCGCCGAGCCUUAGCUGAGGGUUUGGAGAUGGUGACGGAGAGCGAAGACGGGACGAGCCUGUGCCGGUGCGCUACGUCCUUGUUCUACGGAACCAGAAGGAAUGCUUUGUUCUGCCGGUCGUGGUUUCCGGUCGCUGGUGAAAUGAAGGGUAUUAUGAUCAUCAUACAUGGGCUUAACGAGCACAGUGGAAGAUAUGCGGAUUUUGCAAAGCAACUAACCUCAUGCAGCUUUGGUGUCUAUGCAAUGGACUGGAUAGGUCAUGGUGGGAGUGAUGGAUUGCAUGGAUAUGUACCUUCACUUGAUCAUGUUGUUGCGGACACUGGUGCUUUCUUGGAAAAGAUUAAAUCAGAGAACCCGGGGAUACCAUGUUUCCUUUUUGGUCACUCAACUGGAGGGGCUGUUGUUUUAAAGGCAGCUUCGUAUCCUGAGAUUGAAGGAAUACUGGAGGGAAUUGUAUUGACCUCCCCUGCUCUGCGUGUGAAGCCAGCCCAUCCAAUAGUUGGGGCUGUGGCGCCUAUAUUUUCUCUCGUCGUUCCAAGAUACCAGUUCAAAGGUGCCAACAAAAGGGGCAUUCCAGUUUCAAGGGAUCCUGCGGCAAUGUUGGCCAAGUACUCUGAUCCUUUGGUCUAUACCGGACCCAUAAGGGUCCGCACAGGCCAUGAGAUUUUGCGCAUCUCCUCUUACCUGACACGGAACUUCAAGUCUGUAACCGUCCCAUUCCUUGUCCUUCAUGGAACUGCAGAUAGAGUAACUGAUCCGCUCGCCUCUCAGGAUUUAUACACUGAGGCAGCCUCCAGGUGCAAAAACAUAAAGCUCUAUGAUGGCUUCUUGCACGACCUCCUCUUCGAGCCUGAGCGUGAAGAAAUCGCACAGGACAUCAUUGAUUGGAUGGAGAAGAGAUUAUGCGGGCAUGAUUUUGAAAAUGUCCACAGCCAUUGGUGAUUACAAUAAUAGCUAGCCCUUAAGUUCUGGGUAUAGCCUUCAAUGAAGCAAGGCAGACAACAUCACACCCUAGAAUUUAAAUUCGUCCGACCGAAUGAACGCUACACAUGUAUGUAUUUGGGUUUUUUUAUUUUUGUUCAAGAAUUGAAACAUACUUAAAUUCUAAAUGUAGUGGCUUGUUUUCUUACCAAA